AUGACCACACUGCCUGAAAUGACCACAUUGCCUGAAAUGACCACACUGCCUGAAAUGACCACAUGCCUGAAAUGACCACACUGCCUGAAACAGUAUCAGCAACAACAACAUUGACAACAGUAUUGCCACCAAUGACAACAACGCCAACAGCAUUGUCACUAACAACAACAACAGCAACAACAACAUCGGCACCAAACACCACAGCAGUCACAGGCACACCAAGUCCCUCUCAUGACAAAAAAAUAGGCAUACCCAGAACAGACAACAAACAUGUCUUUCUUGAGAAAUUGUUAAUCAUAUCCGUGAUCCUUAAUGUGGUCCUGCCACUGCUGGUUUACCUCUGCAUGCGACGGAGGACACAAGACAGCACACAGAGUAAUGUAACCUGGAUGGAGCUAGAAGCUCAGCCAAUGCAGCCCAUUGCGUGUCAUUCCGACGUCACAUUGUCAGCUGAGACAACUAGGAAUGGAUGCGCUGGUGGCUCGCCAUAUUGAGGACAACAUUGCCUCUGUUACACAGUAUUAGGAUGCUUCAAGGACAGCUCCACACUGCUUGGUAACAAGACAGGAGAGCUGAAUGUCUGUGGUUUGCAAAUGUCUUUUAGGGAGGAAAAACUCUGACGUGACCUAUAGCUUGAAACGUGAGGUGUGAGAGCAGACGAGCCACAGGAUGCCACCUCACUCAACUGUACAGCAAUCUGUAAUCAUGAUGAGCUACUAUAUCACCCUAACACAAAACCUAAGGGAAAUGAAGGGCAACAGGACCACCUGGUCACAUUACACUCAUAUACAAAUACAUUUUGAGGAAUUUGUGCAUGUUCUGGGACACGUUGAAACACACUGGGACAGUUAUAAUAGAGAUGGUGGUUUAGACACAGUUGAUCAAUGGUGAAUGAAAUGUUUAACAUCAUUGUCUUUUGGUUAGAUAGAUAGAUGUACUUUAUUGAUUCCGUGAGGGAAAUUCUUGUGGAGUUCCAUUCAGUGUAAAGCUGGCAAACAGAUUUGAGCUAAUGUUUCUUUGCAUUAGCCAUGGCAACACUUAAUACCCCUGGAGUUAUAUUAUUAUAUAUAUUGUUUCGUACGUUUGAAAGAAAGUUCUGCUUAUAUGCAUGAUAUGCAGGCAACAUAUGUUAGCACUACUAACCAUAACAGUUGAGACCUGACUGACUCACUGUGAGUCACAAUGUGGAGGUAGUUUGUAAAUGUGCGUGCAGUUUUUCUUUAACAUUACUUUGAAGUUAAGGAAAAAUUAAAAAGGAUAAUGCUCCUGCAGUUUACUCACUAUUACCACAGUUUGUCAUUACCUCUUCAUCUGGCAGUCACUUCCUCUGCCUCCUUAAAAUCCCGUCCAACUGUCCAAAUUAUUAAGAAAAAGUAUGCAUGUGAAGUGAACUGCUGCGCUGGUUCCAGGUUUUUUCCUUUUUUCCAUUGCAGGCAAUGACUUUCAGAAAACUAUAUAUAUGCUAACCUAUCUCUAGUGUAAGGUAUGUAGUCAUUCCUGUGACAUUAUCACUAGUUAUUUCAUAAGCUGUGAAAACAUACCAUAGUUGUUGUGAGAAAGUAUAAUUAUUAUGGCUAUAAUUAUAAUGGAUAGGUUCUCCCCCUGACAAACUUCUGCCCAGCAGUGUGUGUGUGUGUGUGUGUGUGUGUGUGUGUACGUACGUAUAUUCUUUGGAUAUGUUACAAAUGACUUUCAAGUGUAUUGAUCCCAGUUAACCAUCUUUUCUGCCCUCAAGAUGCAUUUUUGAACUCUUAUCAGCCUGUUGUCACACAAUAAUGACAGCUGAUAACAUAAAAGAAACAUGUAAUCUUAAAGGCAGUACUCCUUUUUUGUUACACCCCAUCUGUCCCUCGUUAUAUUCAGAAUAAUGUUUUUGCGUGUGUUUUACAGUGUUUGCGUACAAUUAAUUCUGUUUCAAACAGACAGAAUAGGACUGUCACAGUGCAUUUGUGUGUGUACAGGUGAGGUUUUACAUAUGUUGCAGGGAUUUGUGCACUUGAACUGGAUAUAAUCGCAAAAUCCAGUAUGGGAGGGGAAAUGGAAAUUGUUGAGUAUUUUUCAUUUUGGCAGCACAGACAUGAAAUGGAUAUUGCCUCCCCAAGUUGAGAAUAGUAAUCACAACAUGUAAGCUAUUUCUGGUUUGUAUUUGUAUUAUUUAACUCCUGUGGCAUUUUUGUAUGUGUGUGUUUUGUAAAAAUGUGAAUAAAUGUAUUCAUUGUGUUUAUAUAUGUGAAAUGAUGUGAUCAUAACUUCUCUCAAACUACUCUGAUGGCAGAUGUUAAUUGGAAAUAGACACUUGCUCAACAAAUAAAGUCAUUCUAUUCUGA